AUGAAAUUUGAAGAAUACAUGAUUUUCUACCAGGUAAGUAUAGGAAAAGAUAUUUUUUUGCACAUAUUCUAUGCAAUAUACCUGAAUUUAUAGGGGCAUCGGAAAUCAAAGUAAAAUCAAUCUGCUAUGUCAAUACUUUUUUCACAGCUUACGGAUAGCCGAAAACAAAGGCAUGCGAAAGCCCAAAUCCCGGCAAGGCUGAAAUACUAUAGAAUUAUGUCGCACAAUAAUCAAUACCACAAACUCACAUAAUAAAACCUCCCUAACCGAAAAUGCAAUUCAGAAUUUCAGCUAGCAUCUCAUGAGAUCGGUCACUCCCUUUAAGUCCGUAUGUGACCGGGAUAAGUUUACCAUCGAAAAAUCACCUAAUGUAUUUCUCAAAGUAGGCGUUAUUCAAUAGACUUUUUGAUUUACACAACCUUCUACUUUUCCUUCCUUCUGUCACGUUGUUAGGUGAACUCUUUCUGUCGAUUAAUCUGCGCGUACGUCCCGAACUGUGCUCUGGCGGCUUUUUAUAUUGAUCUUCUAAACAAAUUCAACAUACAGUGUGUUCCUUAUGCGUUAUGCAUGUUAUGCUGAGACAGAAAACGGCCGAGGAUUCUUCGUGAACACUUUAGUGAGAAUAAAUUGCAUUUUUUAUGCUUGUUUUGAAUUCUUGCCGUUAGCAAAACACCUCAGGCAUUCGAGUAUUUAAUAAAUGCACGGAAAAGCACACCCCCGGCCAUGCAAACUCCACUUUUAGUUGACAAAUUUACUUUCCGUACUGUCAUUAUGCGCUAAUUUUCUAAUUCACAAGAACAUAAAUAUUCGAGCAAUUCAGUAGUCAGGUUUAAAUCUACUCUGAAAUAUUGCAUACCUGUAGCUCCGAGGCAAAGAAGGAGAAUCAGUAGGAAACAGAGGCUGCGCAUUCUAUUUGUUCCUCACUAACGCCGAUGAUUCAUGGACCAUCGACCCUUAUAUACUAUCUGACGUAUGGAGGUGGCUCAACUGUAUCGGAGCACAGGGAACUCAAAGGCCUGAUUUAUGGAAAGUCGCAAAUCUGCACACCUGAUCUCGCUACAAUUCGAAAUAGCAGCACCGAUCAGUGGGACUGAUGUGAAUCUAGUUGCACAGUUACAUCGCAUAUAGGGAAGAAUUCAUCCAGACACCGCCAGCAGGGUUUAUUAGUGUACCCGUUGUCAUGGGAACAGUGCGGCAAGGUGGAGGCAGGAGGUGGAGGGAUAGAGCUGCUGUAGAUGGAAUGUCAUCAGUUGGGUCUGUACUCAUGGAGGUGUAGUUAUGGUACCAUUUUGUCGAGAUAGAGCUCCGCACACGGAACCUACUUAACGUCACGAACGCGAUUGAAUGUAUCCCAGUGUGCUCAAAGUCGUGGCUUGGGAGACUGCUAAACGUGGCAAUAGCUCGACCCGCCUCACAGAAGCGAGAGAGAGAGAGCAAGAAUGCGGCUCUACAUGAUGUGGUCUCUACAGCACUCGCAGUCAGAUCGGACCGCAGCUGUCCUCACCUAUGGUUGUGUAGAAAUCUGGUUCACUGUGCACCGAUCGGGCGUGUGUGCGGCAAGCCCGGACACGCACCGUCUGGCGUGGCCAACUACUGUAUCCGAGCAUGCCCUACGCCCGGUCAUCUUCACUCUUUCUUGAUAUCGAAUCCGUGUGGGCGAGGAGGAGGGAAUGCGCGGACCCUGCGCAAGGCUACAAAACUAAUUCCCAUGAAUGCCUCUGUCCCUGCACUCCCGACUCCCCUGUUGUGGGGUACACGGUGAACAUCGUCGAGGAGGACGACUGAGAAGUCACCCAGUAAGAAUUUCAAAAAAUAAGUGGCCAGAGGACAACAAGUGGAAUCAAGACUUACUAUUGCCGCCACAGGCUCGCUGGCACUCCUCAAGGCUUUCGAAACGAUUGCCAUUGCCACCGCAGCCACCGUAGAUGAAUUUUUCGCAGCGAUUCACCUCGGGAACGUAGGCGAAGCUGGGGAAGAAGCCUCUGCAUAGACCGGGCUCGACUGGCAAUGUGCAGACAUUGUUGCCCGCUACAAGUAAAACAGUUGGUGAACAUGGAUGAUCAUUUUACAGCGUUACACUACUCAAAUUAAGUCAGUGUGUGCCAGAGUUCAUGAAACAAUCGUAGCAGAUGCGAAGGUCGUAGAUUCGUACCGAAUGUUGCUGCGUGAGCUUCUGAUUAAUUUGCUUUUACCAGUUAUUGACAUGGUAACCUCUGGUCAUGCAGCACGGGAAAAGCUACUUUACAGGCGAUAAACUAACACGAAUAUAUGCUUUAAAAACUAUUAUAUAUAUAUAUAUAUAUAUCGCGUUCAUCAUCUCCCGAAGAAGACGAAGAAGAAGAGAGGGCGAAUCCAUGGACCAUCUUGUAUUCGAACUGACGUUUCGGAACCUUCCUCGUUUCCAUCAUCAGAGUAGCGUAGUUGUUGCACUUGCGGAACUCAAGACCCGCAAGUGCAACAACUACGCUACUCUGAUGAUGGAAACGAGGAAGUUUCCGAAACGUCAGUUCGAAUACAAGAUGGUCCAUGGAUUCGCCCUCUCUUCUUCUUCGUCUUCUUCGGGAGAUGAUGAACGCGAUACAAUGUCUGGACCUCGAAUCUUUACGCAUAUCGAUAUAUAUAUAUAUAUAUAUAUAUAUAUAUAUAUAUAUAUAUAGAGAGAGAGAGAGAGAGAGAGAGAGAGAGGAAGAUUUGGCAAAGGGGCGCUCAUGGAUCAUAUUACGGAACACAGUCGUCCCGUUGUGCCUUGGCGCUCCCUCUCGAGCCCUGCCAGCACCUGCAUGGCCGGGCGUUAUAUAUGUAUAUAUAAAGACUUAAGUUAGAAAAGUAUAACUAAGACAAACCACAACACGUUUAACGAAGGUAAGCAAUUUUGGGGUCAGCGAUAAAGAGGCUGACUCUCAGACUCUGUAGUGUCUGCAGCGACCCCAUAUCUGAACUCAAAAUGCGUAGCCCGAAAGUUCGCCACUGACGUCUGAGGCAUCUCCUAGUGAUAUGGGGUAGAGAAAUGAGAUAGGCUGGGAAAAUACUACAAGGAGCUCUAGAAGGAUUCAUUCCAUGUCCUUUUAAAUGGGAAAGAAACGCGCUGGUCAGUGUUAAGGCGAAUACUUCUACGACGGUGGACCUGCACUGACUUUAAAUGCCUGCGAUGCUGGAAGGCAUACAAAUACGAAAGAUUAUAAUCACUGCUUUCACCAUUUCGUUUGUUAGCCCUACACCGAAGUGUACAGGUCUCACAGUCAACGGAAUGCCGAUACUUUGGUAGGACAGAAGUCAGCACACCGGAAACGCACCAAUCAGAAAGGGGGCACUAACCUGCACUGCUGCUGAGCGUCAGAAGGAUUGAGAGGCAGAGAACGCUGAACAUGCUUGGUUAUCCCCUCUGUGUUGCUGUGCUUGCCCGCAACUGAGAGGUAUUUAUAUCUGCCGAGGGCAGCAAUUUGUGCGCUUUUCGCUGCCGAUGAUUGCCAAAAUUGGCGUAGCCUGUCUAGCUGAUUGAGGUGCUUCAAUGCGCGCACCGGAAGCACUGUCAAAGUGUCCGGCUGCACUUUCGCAGCAGAGACGACUGCGUAACUUCGGGACUGGCUGUAAAUCAGCUGAUCAUUGUUCAAGCAGAUCCCAUCCUUUGGGGGGCCCGGCAUGAAUGACUGCGUUAAAGUACAGUGCUUAAUUGCGGCGGAUACUAAUGGCAGACGCAGCAAUUCCGACCAUAGAUUUUAGAACCCAAUCGGUCCGAACGCUGAGGUCGGGAUCAUCGUCCACUUUCCCACCCCCGGGUUUGGGAUUUCUAGCUAUACGUAAUGCAGUUAUUUUGGCAAAAUCUCCGACAUUUUUGUGCUUGACGGUCCGAUUUUUGCAUGAGAGAGAAAGAGAGAAAGGAGAAAGUGAAUGCUUGUAGUGAACGCAAGGUUUUUUCUCACAUGGUCAAUCGAUGGCUGUCCUUUAGUUAUAAGCUAUUCAACUGUCGGUUUCUGAACGUUGAAAAAAGAGAUUGAAUCUCGAGAAAAUGUUUAUAAGAGAGGACUGUGCAACUUUGGGUUGACAUCAGCUACUGCAAAUAAACCGACAUUUUUUUAAGUAGGCUUCCCCCUCCCGAAGCUUGUCGUUAAUUAUUGCAUAAGUGGACAUUGAUUACUUGCUAUUCUUCAGGGUAGCCGAAGCAGAUAGGAGACUUUGCAAUUACGACCCAAUUUAUUACAUUCCUAAAGCGGAAGUUGCAGUCAAUGAUAUUACAUGCAGAUAUUUUAACGGUCUGCAGCUUAGCUCGAAACAUAGUUGACUAGUGUGCUGGAAAUGUCGCGUCCGUUCGCUUGCCACAAAUCAACUCACACUUCUCCAUUGUCCCAAAACACUUCAAGUUGCAACCGCACCCGCCAUAGACGUGGUGCCGUCUGUUGUGGCUAAACUGGGAAAUAUGUCUCAACCCGUCUAGACCAACACCGGUUAGCGGUGGGGAAACGAGAGCAUAUAUCCUAGGUGGCCAUGGACACACUGGACACAGAUUUGCAUGAUGGAAGACUCGCACCGUUGGCGCCUACCCAGUAAGAAAGGACCGCGAAUUCCAGGAAGCAAUGCACUCAGAUGAGACAUACAUCAAUCGUAUUUGAAGAAGAAGAAGAAGAAGAAGAAGAAGAAGAAGAAGAAGAAGAAGAAGAAGAAGAAGAAGAAGAAGAAGAAGAAGAAGAAGAAGAAGAAGAAGAAGAAGAAGAAGAAGAAGAAGAAGAAGAAGAAGAAGAAGAAGAAGAAUCGAGCACCGGAACAAUUCGUUUAUUAUCCUGAGCUUUCAGACUCGUACAGGAGUCCAUCGUCAGAGGUAGUGGCAGAAACAGGACAAGCGGCAGUUAUAAGGCACGUAGACCCAAUCAUCGACCGACGUCGCACGACUGGAGGUGACUACGAAAGGCUCUGUACGCCGGCGCCAGAUCGAUAA